ACUAUUUGGUCAUGAGUGAUUCAAACACAGUCGAAGCGACUAACACACCGCCUCAAGUUGAGCAGGCAGGUCAAGAAAGUUUAUCUGGCUUCUCUGUGAACGAUGUGAUAAUGCUGAUGAACGAGCAAGAGGAUCUAUCUCCUUGGGAUACACUGUGUCCAAUUCCAAAUACGUUGUUCAUUGACAACAACGACAACACUAAAGUGCAGCUACAAACUACUUGCUUAGCACAAAACGAUGAUGAGGAUCUUGGUGCAUUCACGCAGAUAGAAUCUUUGCUUGCUGAUCAUCAAGAAUUCAUAACGCAAGAGAACUGUGAGGAGUACAUGCUAAAAUGGUCUUGCUUAUUGUAG